AUGCACCACUGCAACGGGUGCUGGAACGCUUUCGUCGACCCCGCGGGGCUCUACGCGGCCGCGCACCCAAAUGUCUGCGCCGUGUGCACGGCGACACCGACGAAAGCGACGGCGCCGACGACGCUGACGCUGCAGGCGCUGUUGGCUGCCAACCCGGGUAUCCUCGCCGACUUGCAGUGGACGCGCCCGACCACCGCCGCGUCGUUCGUGACCAUGGCCUUUGACCGCACCAUCAACUAUUUCAAGAUGUUUACGCUCAAGCACGGCCUGCUCUUCAGCGCCACACAGGCGACGAGCGAGCCAACGCCGUUGAUCGUCGACGGCAAGCGAGUGCACAACGCGGACGCGCUCGUGGCUUUGAUCCGAGACACGGUCGUGUCCGGGACGCUCAAGGACCCGGGCAAGAUGCUGCUCGCGUCCCACCUCGGGUGUCCGUUCUGCCGUCGGGUGCCCACGCUCGGUGUGCUCCGCAAGCACAACCGGCAGGCGUGCGCACUUGUCGCCUCCAAAUCAAUGACGUGGCGAGCGGAUAUGUACUAUGGCUGGUGCCUCGGCUGCUACAAGGUCAAGGAGCUGGUCGAGCGCACCUGCGCGGCCGAGCCGCCCCACGACGUCGCCACGUUCCGCUGCACCGAGUGUGUCACCGCCCAAUUGGCCGCCACGGGUCCUGCGAUGCCUGCGACGAUGGCGUGCCCCGGGUGCUCUGUCGAGACGGAGAAGACGGGCGGCUGCAACCACAUCACGUGCAACUGCGGCCAGCACUGGUGCUACGUGUGCGCCGCUGGCUUCGACUCGGCCGACGACGUCUACGCACACCUCUACGCGACGCACCGGGGCAUCUAUGAUUUUGACGACGAAUAG